AAAAUGUUUUUGAUAGUAAAAAUACGUCUUUCUCGGGUAAUGGGAUGUUAUCAUUAUAGACAAAAGUCAGGUAUAAUAAAGCCAAUUUUGACCCUGUUCUCGUAUUUAAAUUAUUCCUUCAUAAACGUUUUUGCGACACUCAGUUUCUGCCAGUGAUUAAACUUGGCUAAUCAAACUUGAGGAACGUGCGGCUUUAGCAAACGAAAAUGGCGACGGGUGGAUAUGAUGGAUCGGAUGAACUUCAUUACUUCACGUGUAAUCUUUGUUUUAAAGAUGGAAAGAAUAUUCCAUCGGUGAAAUUCUGUGUGGACUGUAAUCAAUUAAUGUGCCAAACAUGUUUAAAUCACCAUAACAAAUUCGAUAUGAUGAAAGAUCAUCAAAUACAAGAUAAUCCUGCCAGCCGUGGUCAGAGAAUGAAAGAUGGACGUUCAAUACCGAGCUUACGUUGUGAAAACCAUGGCGGGAAAAUACUGGACAUGUACUGUAAAACACACGACGAACCCUGUUGUGUCGUUUGCAUUUCGUUGGAUCACAGCGCUUGUGCACGGGACUAUUUGCCUGUUGCAGCCAAUGGUGUUAUUGAAAAUUUCGAAAACUGUACUGUAAGGAAUUCUUCAAGCUAUGUAAUAAACAGACUGGAAAAAACACAGAAAGCGAAAUUGUCCAAUGUUGAAAAGAUUAAAGGUCAGAAAACUCGUAUUCUUCAAAUAAUUGAAAAAAGAAGACGGACUGUAGAUCUUCAGCUGAAUGCUAUGGAAGCAAAGGCAAAGAAUGAUCUUGACAACAAGAGUGCAGUAUAUUCUUCCUCAUUGAAAGCUGAUGCAAAACAAUUGGAAGAUAUCCGCAUACUAUUGGAAGAAGAGUCCGGAAUGCUCGAUCGUGCUGUGGAAAACGACCAAGAAUCUGAUGCAUUCAUAUUGAUGAAGCGGCUAAACCGUCAUAAAAACGAGGCAAUUAUUUUAGAAAGCCGUUUAUACAACAAAGACAAAAACCUCAUUAUUGUUGAAAAUGGAAAGAUGCAGAACAUGUUCGAAAAGUUAACAUUGUUUGGACAAAUUUCCGGGUGUGAAGAAAUAACUCAUCUACAUGAUGAAAACGAUUACUGCGUGCGAGCCCCAAAUGACGCAGAUGUAUGUUAUAUUUCGGGCUGUUGUAUACUAAAAGACGGAAGUAUCAUUUUAGCAGACCAAAACAACAGAAAAGCAAAACGAUUAGAUAGUAACUUCACUUUGAAGGACUGGUUGGAUUUACCAGGGAAUCCAGGAGCUGUAUGCAAAGUAUGUACAGAUCAAGGUUUGGAAGAGGUUGCUAUUUCCGUUUUGAGUAUGAAUACAAUUCAGUUCAUAUCGACAGGAAAACCGAUGCUAUUGACAAGAUAUUUUCAAGUUAACAAUCCUUGCAAAGGAAUUGCUUUCAUGAAAGGGUGUUGUCUACUUUUUCUGGCAUGCCUAGGUCAAAUUCAAAUUAAUGCACUAACUGGUUUCAGUCCACAUCGCCAAAGUUUAGAACAUGUGUCUGUACCAAACCACUUAAUAUAUAAUAAAUCAACAAACAAAGUCUACAUUGCUGAUCUUUCUCUUGGAGUAAGCGUAAUGGAAAUGGGAGAAUUCAAAGUAAAGACAAUUUUCAAGGAUAAAAAUUUGCUUUCGCCUAUUUCUGUCUGCUGCAAUCGAAAACAUGAGAUGUUUGUGUGUGGAUUUGACUCGCACAAUAUCAUGCAGAUAACCGUAGAUGGAACAUUUGUUAGUGAACUUCUUACGCAAAAACAGGGAUUAAAAAACCCUUGUUGUUUGUGUCUGACGCGGGAUGAGUCAAAAAUGAUAAUCAGCUGUAAAGACUUGGACUACAUAAAAGUAGUUGAUUUUGUAAGAAAAUAAACCAUUCCUAAUAUAGUUUGAACGUGUAGACAGACACCUCUGCUUUGUUUUUCUAUUGUUCUUCAAAUGCGGGUUAUUCUGCGUUCCCAACCGCAAAAUGAUCAAGGAAAUGUACAUGUUUUUCUACUGAAUGACAUGAAACCACGUAAAAAUAUCAUCACCAUACAAGAUUAACCUGUUGUGGUAAAUCUAGGUUUUGCUUAAGAUAUAUAUAUAUUUUCUGAAACACCUGCUCCUAAUGGACAUUGUAUAUUUUGCCAGAAUAUUUAUAUCUUCUAUAUGUUGUUAAUAUGCAUCUUAAGAUGUAUGCAGAGUUUGAGGACAUGACAUUGAGUAGCUUUUGAAUAGUCAUGAUAAACAUCUUGCUAGACAAUUUCUUGGAUGACUAGAACUGACCAAUGAAAAUGAGUUGAUAAAAAUAUUACAGAUAUAUUUCAGGGCUGAAAUUUUACUGAUAUGUAAAGGACGUUACUUUACUUGUUAUGUGUUGAUGGCCCUUAGAUGUGAAGACCUAAUUUGGAGGCCAUAAUGGAUUUCUUUUGAGAAAAAUGUGUUAUUUCUAUGCAAUUUCUUUGACACUUUAAUUAGUUAUUUGUAAUUUGAAAUAUACUGAUAAAGUAUAGUUUUGUCUUUAAUUUAUGUUUAUGUUACUGGUUUUGGAUGACGUUGAACUUCGUUCUAUUUUUUGCAUUUGAUUAGAAAAGUUUUACAUAUUUUAGAAAUUGUCAUAGCCCAAUCAGAUUGUAGCUUUUUUGGUGCUUGUCUAUAAAUAUGAACUUACCAGUUAUUUAUCUGCUCUUCUAGUUUACAUUUUGGAUUUAACACUUCUUCUUGGUUUAAACAUUUUACGGAAUACUAGGCCAAUUUAAGGAACUUUACACCUUUAUUUUCUUGGAGCAAUAUAUUUUAACAUCUGAGUUGUAUUAUAAUUUUUGUAUAAAAAAUAUACUGAAAUUUAUGUGAAAAAGACAAAUACAACUGAAAACGUAAGAUUUUAUUUCUUUCCGCGACCGGGUUUGUUAAAACGUUUGUAUUUUCGUAAACUAUUGUAUGCUGUCUAUAAUAUUUAUUUCCAAAUCGACAAAAUGUACAUAAAUUCUUCUUUUGAAUUAGUAAGUUUCUGUCCUGUUAUGACUUGGUUUUUGGCGUUUAAUAUAUGUAUACUUUAAUCUAGCCGCGAAGUUACACGUGUCCAAAAAUGCAAAAAAAAUAAAAUUCCGAAGCUGUUACAUGCUGAAAUAUUUAAAGAAAUAUGUAUUUUUUCACAAAACUCGAAUACAGUCAGAAAGUACAUACAAUUGUCUGCAAAUGGAUGUGCAUCAGUCUUAUGUUGAAUAUUAAAUUUAAUCUAACACGUGAAAAUUGUAAAGUCUAGCCGAAAUGUCACAGCCGUCAUAACUAGUUUGUAUAUAGGUGUAUGAACUUGCAAAUGUAUAUAGAAACAAAGAAAAAUAUCAAACAGGGAAUGCCACGCACCAAAAGCGCAGCCUCCUCAAAACGAACCCCCCAGCACGCAAACGCGUGCACCACACACACACACACUCAAAGCUUACACAUCAGGACAAAACGAACAACACACACACACACACACUGACAUAUG